CGUACCGACCCCCCAUUACACCCUGAGGGGGCAGCCCGUACCGACCCCCCAUUACACCCUGAGGGGGCAGCCUGUACCGACCCCCAUUACACCCCAGGAAUAUUGGGGCGCUCGCUGUGAGAAUGCCUGUGCGGAGCCGAUACAAUCUGGUGGAUGACGGCUGUGACUCCCGGGUGCCGCUGCACAACGAGGAAGCCUUCCAGCACGGCAUUCACUUCCAGGCCAAGUACAUCGGAAGUCUGGAUGUGCCGAGGCCAAACAGUCGGGUGGAGAUCGUGGCCGCGAUGAGAAGAAUUCGGUAUGAGUUUAAAGCAAAGAAUAUUAAAAAGAAGAAAGUCAGCAUCAGCGUCACGGUGGAUGGCGUGAAAGUCGUGAUGAGAAAAAAACAAAAGAGAAAAACCUGGACCUGGGAUGAAAGCAAGAUGUUGGUGAUGAACGACCCAGUGUACAGGAUAUUUUACGUCUCCCACGACUCUCAAGACCUAAAGAUAUUCAGUUACAUCGCUCGAGACGGCGCCAGCAACACCUUCAAGUGCAACGUCUUUAAGUCCAAGAAGAAGAGCCAAGCGAUGCAGAUCGUGCGGACCAUCGGUCAGGCCUUCGAAGUGUGCCACAAAAUGAGCCUGCAGCAUGCGCAGCAAAAUGCAGACGGGCAGGCGGAUGGAGCCAGCGACAAAUCUCUGGAAGAACAGCAUUUGGAAGAGCGGCAGUUGACAGGAGAAGAGAAUAAAGACCCCGAGGAGACCAACGGCAGUCUCAAGAGGGUCGUCGUCCUCCACGACAAGGGGGGCUGCGAUCAAGAUCCUGCCGGGUGUGACUUGGAAAUAAUCAAGUGUGUACAAGUGCUAAGGGACCAGAACAUUCCGGAUAUCGAGAACAGCUCGGUUUAUUCCUCGGUGUCGUCGAGCGUCCGGACCCCGACCAGCUCCGUCUCUGCCCUGACCCCGCUGGCUUCCCAGCAUCGCCUGCAGCUCCUGCAACACCAGCUCCUGCAGCAACAGCAGCAGACCCAGGUGGCCGUGGCACAGGUGCAGUUGCUUAAGGACCAGCUGGCUGCCGAGAAGGCGGCCCGGGUCGAAUCCCAGGCUCGAGUCCGUCAGUUGUUGCUGACCAACCGGGACUUGUUGCAGCAUAUCUCCCUGUUGGUCAAGCAGCUGAAAGAAAUGGAGGUCAAGACUGACCCGAAGCAGGCAGCCGAUAAAAGGCCUUUACACAAGUUAGCCAUCGCCCAGUCUUUGUCGCUGAACCUAAAGAACUUGUACAGCUUGGAGAUCAACCUCCCGUCCACCUCAACGCCAUCGAACCUUCAGGGUACAACGUCCUCCGCGCACGCUAUGAACGGCAACAACAUCGGAGAGUCCUACCUCAAUCUCUUGAACCUCGAUAAAGGCGGUCCGGUCAAACCGACGUCGGCGAUGGAUGGGAAGGAAAUGGCCAGCAGGCGGGUAGAAGGAUCCGAGGUCAUCGAGGUCCAUGCAGACAGAGCUGAGAUCAUCACGACCGAGGAUCAGAGUCCAAGAUCAGACGACCCAAAGCUUCAGCCUUCUUUUCCGAAGCUGAUCCCACCACCUCCCAUCACCAGGAAGAGGUCAACAAAAGCCUUGUCUGGCCAGCUAACCGAAUCGAGGUCAUCGGAGAGCAUCACCCAUGCCACCCAAACCAGCGUCAACCUUACAAGUUUCACCACCAUAACCUCCUGUUCAAUUACGCCUUCUGAGUUUGAGUCCGAGGAUGCCAGUCCGUCGUUUAAAAACUCCUACUUUCCGUGCUUCGAAAACUCCGAACUGUCCCCCAUCAAGGAAGUUCCCGGCCUGUCCUUCCACCGAGAGUCCGUCGAGGAGAGCGGAACCUACCGCUCCAUCACCAGCAGCUACGACAACCUGGAGGAUACCCCAACGAUCAUGGCGGAGCCCCAAGUCUGCAACGGUUGGGUAAAGCAGUUGGGUGUGGAGGGCACCCUUCCCUUCUCCACGGCGAACGACACCUGCCUGCACAUCAGCUUCUCCGAAGACGAUUUCCCCGACGUCGACCCCGACGACCGCGUUGGCGUCGCCAAACAGUGGCGCUUAAUUAAAAACGGAAACUGAGGGACUGAAGGACCAGACCCGUCAAGCAGGAUCUUCCGACGGAGGCGGAAACAAAGAUAAGGUGUUAAUUACUGACCGUUUCUUUUCGGGAACAACAUGCUGGGAUUCUAAUAGCCGAAAAAUGGCUUUGCAAGUCACCAAUUCCAUGGUUCAGACACAAAAAGUUAUUCUCCCAGCAGGUAAACUCAAUUACGGAUUAAGGUCACAUUCAUUCGCAUUUCGCACCCCAUCGAUUUACUCUCUUUUGCACAGAACUGAACUACGGCAAGCAAGGGAUUAUGGGAUUUGUAGUUCAUCACCGCCCGGGUAGCUAAUCGUGGCUUAGACUUGCUCUAGA